AUGGAUGAAGCAGGGCCUACCCCGGCUCUCCGCCGCCGGAACUCCAUCGCCACUUCUGUAGUCAUCCCCACUAAGCUUACUCUCCCUUUCCACACCUCCAGCCUCCCUCCUCACCACACAAACGGCAACGGCAACGGCGUUGUCUCCUCUCCACCACUUGACUUUGACCUGUCCGCUUACACUUCUCUCAAGGACGUCCUCCCUUCCACAGCCAUCAACUCCCCCACUGCCGCUACACCUACCGGUGCUUCUGCCUUCGAAAUUUCCAUCCGCAACCGCCUCGUCAAGCAGGCUGCCUGGGCCUACCUCCAGCCUAUGUCGUCAUCGCCGGAUUCAUCGAGCCAACACUUCCUCCGCCGCCUCUGGUUGCAAAUCUCUACGUGCAACCCCAUCACUUCUUGUAUCCGGUUCAUUAGUCUCCAUGUGAUUCCUGCUAUUACCGGAGCCUUUGAUCGGAUUCUUCGUGCCAUUCGGGUCCCGGUGGAUAGAUAG